CAGGUUUCCGUAAGACCUUCAACACCUGCCCCAGGUAAGAAUGAUCAGUCUGUGCAUCUUCUCCUGACCAGCGUGCUGACUGGUCUUCAUGUGUCCAGGUCCCAGCAGCCCAAGGAGCAGACCUCAUGUGGCUGUUGCUGUCUCUCUGGGGCUGCUCAGUGUCCUCCUGCUGGCUGGAAUCGUCUGUCUCGGUGUCCUCACAACAACUGACAACUGACCAGCUGAAGGACAAAGUCACUGCACUGACCCAAGAGAAGGACGGACUUCAGCUCUUGUUAAGACAAAAGAAAAUGUGUCCUGAGGGGUGGACGAUGUUCAGAUGUUCUUGUUAUCUUCUCUCUACACGGGAUGAUUCCUGGGAAAAUGGCAGAAAGGACUGUGGAGACCAAGGAGCAGAUCUGGUGAUCAUAGACUCACUUGAAGAACAGAAAUUCCUUUCAAACUUCACCACAAGUCGUAGUUGGAUUGGUUUGAGUGACAAAGACAUCGAGGGAACCUGGAAAUGGAUUGAUGGAACUCCUCUGACUGCAGCGUACUGGUACCGUGACGCCAAUAUAGUUGAGCCUAAUAACGAGGGAGGAGGUUCAAUCGAGGGGGAGGACUGCGCUGACAUAGAACCUAAACCUAACCCACAAUACAGCUGGAAUGAUUUGUCGUGUAACACUGCUUUGCGAUGGAUCUGUGAGAAACUGGCUUGAUAAUUGAAACAUAUCAUCUGUAAAGUGUGAUUGUGUUUUGGAAAAAGGGCUUUAAUGGUGUUGAUGUAAGUUGCAUUUAGAGACAGAAGGAGACCAUGUAAGUCAGGUAUCAAGUUCUUAGUAUGAAUUGAUUUCUAUAGUUUGACUUUGAAGUCUUUUUAAUGGGAAAUAAACAUGUGUGUGUGUGUGUGUGUGUGUGUGUGUGUGUGUGUGUGUGUGUGUGUGUGUGUGUGUGUGUGUGUGUGUGUGUGUGUGUGUGUGCUGGUUACAAGAAACAAAGCUGCAUAUUGUACUAAAUAGAUAUUUGAAUAAAAAGCUUCAUCCUGAAAUACAUUUAUUAGAGCAACAAAGGCGACUUGAGCUGUUUUUAUUAAAUAUGUCACAUUCA